CGGGCCGUCCUCCGGCUUCUCACUGGCCCGAGCCGCGCUCGUGACGGGAAGGCGAGGCCUGGGCCGGCCCUUUCGGGGCUCCACCCGGCGUGACUUCUCCGUCCCUCCCUCCGACGCCCCCUCCUCCAGCCCCGGCCAGGUUUCUGCAGCUCGUGUGGGAGACUCCAGCCCCGCUUUGAGGGAAGAUCCUUUGGCCCCGCUUCGUCUCCGCCUCCCUUCCUUCCUUCCUCCCUGCCAGGAACCCUAGCGAAGCCCGUCGCCCUGUGAGAGAGCCUCCCCCCGGCCAGCCAAGCUGGCCUCCUCCGCCGAAGACGAGAUGGAGCCCGGCACGGCCACCUCGGAGCCGGCGACGGGCGGCUCCAACGAGAAGAAAAGGAUUAGUUCGGAGCGCAGGAAAGAAAAGUCAAGAGAUGCAGCCAGAUGCCGUAGGAGUAAAGAGUCUGAGGUCUUCUAUGAACUUGCUCACCAGUUGCCUCUUCCCCAUCAUGUGAGCGCACAUCUUGACAAAGCCUCCAUUAUGAGAUUAACAAUAAGCUAUCUGCGUAUGAGGAAACUUCUUGAUUCAGGUGAUCUGGAAGCAGAAGCAGAAAUGGAGACACAACUGAAUUGCUUUUAUUUAAAAGCUCUUGAUGGAUUUGUCAUGGUUCUCUCUGAGGAUGGCGACAUGAUCUACAUGUCUGAAAAUGUGAACAAGUGUAUGGGACUCACACAGUUUGAACUCACUGGACACAGUGUGUUUGAUUUCACUCAUCCAUGUGACCACGAAGAGCUGAGAGAGAUGCUCACCCACCGGAAUGGUCCUGUAAAAAAGGGGAAAGAACAGAAUACAGAACGCAGCUUUUUCCUUAGAAUGAAGUGUACAUUGACCAGUAGGGGAAGGACCGUCAAUAUAAAGUCUGCCACAUGGAAGGUACUUCAUUGCACCGGACACAUUCGUGUCUACGACAGUUGCAACAGUCAGACUGUGUGUGGAUAUAAAAAGCCUCCAAUGACAUGUUUGGUGUUGAUCUGUGAGCCUAUCCCUCAUCCAUCAAACAUUGAAGUCCCUUUGGACAGCAAGACGUUCCUCAGCCGCCACAGCCUUGACAUGAAGUUUUCGUACUGUGAUGAAAGGAUUACAGAACUGAUUGGGUAUGAUCCUGAUGAACUCCUGGGUCGCUCCAUAUAUGAAUACUAUCACGCCCUGGACUCUGAUCAUCUUACCAAAACACAUCAUGACAUGUUUGCUAAAGGGCAAGUGACCACCGGGCAAUACAGAAUGCUUGCCAAACAAGGGGGCUACGUCUGGGUUGAGACUCAAGCAACUGUUAUAUACAACAAUAAGAAUUCCCAGCCACAGUGCAUAGUGUGUGUGAAUUAUGUAUUGAGUGGCAUUGUUCAGGGGGACUUGAUAUUUUCGCUCCAGCAAACUGAGUGUAUGUUGAAACCGGUGGAUUCUCCUGAAAUGGGAGUGAUCAAAGUGCUUGACAAGACUGAGGUGGAAGAUAGCAACAGCCUCUUCGAGAAGCUGAAGAAGGAGCCAGAUGCAUUAACCUACCUUGCCCCUGCAGCUGGUGACACCAUAAUAGCAUUAGAUUUCGGCAGUGAUGAGACUGAUGAGCAACAGUUUGAUGACGUUCCUUUGUAUAAUGAUGUAAUGCUCCCCUCAUCCAGUGAGAAAUUGCAAAGUAUAAAUCUGGCAAUGUCCCCACUACCUGCUUCAGAAGCAACAAAGCCGCUCCGUAGCAAUGCUGACCCAGCACUCAAUAGAGAGGUGGUAUCCAAGCUGGAGCCCAGCACGGAGCCCUUAGAUCUUGCUUUCUCUAUCCGUCGGACACAAGACCAGCCGGCCACUCCUUCCGACAGAAGUACCAGCCAAAGCUCGCCUGAGCCGAAUAGUCCUCCCAGUGACUAUUGCUUUGAUGUGGAUAAUGAGAUGGCCAGCGAGUUCAAGUUGGAGCUUGUAGAAAAGCUCUUUGCAAUAGACCCAGAGUUGAAAAACCCUUUCUCGAUGCAGGAAACGGAUUUAGAUUUGGAAAUGCUGGCGCCGUACAUCCCUAUGGAUGAUGAUUUCCAGUUACGCUCCUUUGACCAGCUUUCUCCACUGGAGACCAAUUCUCCCUCCACUGGGGCCAAAGGUUCCAGUGGGGUCACCGGAUUUCAGCCCCCUCCGAUGCCAUCGCCUGCCACAGACAAGACAAAGCCCAUGACAAUCAAACAUGAGAAUGAAUCGAAGAUCCUCAUAGCUCCUCUUCACAUUGCCCCUCUCGAAAGCACCAGUGCCCCAACCUCUCCCUACACGGAGCAUCCAAGUCGGACUCUGUCACCAGUCAGGCCGGGAGAAGGCACGAUAGAGCAAAAAGAGAAGCCAAGCCUGGGGACGCCGAACUUGUUAACAGUCACGUUGGGUAAAAGUAAACCACCUUCAUCAAAUGAAGAAAUCAGUCCAAAGAUAAUUGCUCUGCACAAUAUUCAGAGGAAACGAAAGAUGGAGCAAGAUGGUUUGCUUUUCCAAGCAGUUGGAAUUGGCACGUUAUUGUCUCAGUCGGGUACUCCUGGAACAAAUGUAUCCCUGGCUUGGAAACGUGUGAAGGGGUGCAAGCCUAGUGGGCAGAAUGAGAUGGCAGAGAAGACUGUUAUUUUAUUGCCCUCAGAUAUAGCAAGUAAACUUCUAGGUCAGUCGAUGGACAAGAAGGGACUCCCACAACUUACCAGCUACGAUUGUGAAGUGAACGCUCCUAUACAAGGCAACCGAAACCUGCUACAAGGUGAAGAGUUGCUGAAAGCCCUGGAUCAAGUCAACUGAGCUUCCCCCCAACCCUUUUCACAGUUGUUCUGGUUUUUUGGACACUGGUGACUCACCACCUAAAAGCAGUCUAUUUAUAUUUUCUAUAUCUGAUUUUAGAAGCCUGGCUACAAAUACUGCACUAAUUCAGUUAGUUUGGUUCUGAUCUCCCUUUCUACUUUGGACAGUCUUCUACUUAGAGAAAGUUAGUUUUUUCUCCCCCUCUUUUUUUAACAACAGUAACUCAGCUAAUGGUGCAUUUUUGGUACAUAAACAAAGUCCAGUACAUUUAGAACACGCUUGCAAUGGCAGCUUUGAAGUAGGCACCUUUUUUUAAAAAAAGAAAAAGUAUUUAUUUUUUAUUUUGACAAGGAGUUUGUCGCUGAGAAAAUUUCUAUCAAACUAUAUGUCAUCACAGUAAAACUGUCUACGCUUCCUAUCUUGGGUGGAAGGCACCUUGUGCUCUAUCGCUCUAUGAUGUUCAGAACUUUUUUUUACUUUACUUUUUUUUAAAGGAGAAACAUGGCUUUGCAGCAGGUGCAUUUGUAGCCACAAUCGCACAAUCUAUUUUCUUAAGAAAAUAAAUACAAAAUGCCAGCAGUUCCUCAUGCAAUAUAUUUUGCAUUUAUAAAGCUAGUUUUUAAGGGCAACAUUUACUUUAUUUUCCUCUUGUUUAUGUUUAUUGCCUGUGAAAUCAUGUAGAAUUAUUUUUGUGUGUGUGUGUCACAUUGUAUUACAAGAGAGUUCUUAAAUGCUGUGUUGAUGUCCAAGUGGGGUUAGGGGAAAACGAAAGUUUUGAUCUUGAGAGGCUAGCAACGUUUCAAGCUUUUUAGUUUAAGUGGGGGAAAGAGUUGUGGGAGGGGUCUUAUAAAAUUCUUUAUAGUUGCAGAGAACGCAAAGAAAAGGGUCACUCAUUUUUUGCAGUGCAAGAACCUCAAGCUCACCCAAUAAAGUUGACUUCAGGACCGACCGAAGGCAUUUUUUCACACAACACAUUCACUGCCACAAUGUAGUGAUGGUGAGUGGCUAAUACAGCUUUUAGAAAGAAUAGGCAUGGAGGAUGGGGCUCUCUUCUAUAACAACCAGAUUGAUCCUCCAGUUGUUCAGAGAGGCACAAAGCAACUGGAGAGGUUCGCUGCCUUCAUAACAUGCUUACAGGCUUCCUAGAAGCAUCUGGCUUGACUAGAUAGAGCCAUGGUCUGAUUUAGGAGGGCUCUUCUUAUGUUAUUUAUGUGGGCACAUUUUCUUUUGAAAUAAAUGACAAUUUUGGUGUUUAAGUUGCUUUGCCCACUCAGAGAGAAUCCCCCCUCCCACCUUUAGCUGUGAAAGUUCAUGCUGAUGUUGUGUACCUAAAUAACUGAAUCUAAAUGUUCCAAUUUCCCUGCUUGGUAGAGGUGAUAUUUCAAGCAGAUCAUAAAACAUCCUGCCUUGAUAGCAGAAUUACCUAGUUCCACCACUGAGUUGCUUGGUAAUAUUUGAUGUUUUGGAUUUUAUGCACCUUGUUGCUAUUAAUAUUCAUUUGUUUCAUUUUGUUUCGUUAACCAUAGAUUUCAGUAAUGCUGAAUGUAUUUUAGGACUCUUUUUUUAAUUUAGGAAAUAUGUCACAAAACAUCUUAUUUUCCUUCUAUGUGCUGUAUAAUAAUUCUCCCCUUCUUUUUUUUCCAUUUUGUGGUUGGAUCUAACACUAACUGGAUUGUUUUAUUACAUCAAUAAAAUAUACGUGGACCAGGCCUGCAA